AUGUCGCACACAAUUCCAACACCCGCUGUCUUUUCAUCUUCACUUCAUCGUUUGCUGGAUUCGGAUGUUGUGGAUGAAUACGAUGAUGUAGGAUGGAUGCGAUUAGAAAUUAUUUAUACCUUGUACAUUGAAAGAACAUUUGAAGAGGAGAUUGAAAGAAGAAAUAAUAAUCCCAUAGAAUCCGAGAGUCAUAAAUGUAAUCCAUAUCGAAACAGUGCGGUUUUAUCAAUUUCCGAUGAGUGGUUACAAAAUAUUAAUAUUGAUGAUUUACGUCGUCAACCCGAUUUGUACAAUGUGAUUCUUCCCAUCAUCAAUAGCGGAAUCAUGCGAUCUUGUGCAAAUCCUGUGAUUAUUGCUCAGAAAUUAUUUACGGAAGGAAAAGAUGGUAUUCAUAAAUUUGUUGCCAAGGAACUGGUUAGAGAAUUUCCAGCAAUGAAACAAUUGUACAAAAAGCUGAAAGAAAAACCACCUAAAAGUACUGUUCUGUAUGAAUUACCGUUAGAUAUUGGAAAGAGCCACUUUGAUAUGGUAUCAUGGGGAUUGAUGUUUCAAUUGCUUGAUCAAGUGUUUUCUGAAGUCAUCAGUGAAAAGAGUACAUUUUUAAUUUGGCACACAGUUGUGAAUGAUGAAAGGAUGAAGAAUCACAAACUCUUCUACAAGCUGGAAACGUUUUUAGAUUUAUUUAAGGUCAAACCAUUUUCUAAUGGCUAUCACUCAUACCGACAUCCUUUUUCACAGUACGCAAUUGACAGCAGUGCACAGAAAAAAAGAAUGCGAGAGGAUCAAUCGUUUUCAGAAUUGGCAACUGCAUCCUCUAGCGUGUCUUUGGAGAGAGCUCUUGUACAUCAAACUGUAAAUGGAACUGAAAUUGUACAUUCACUUGGAUUUACAGCAGGAAAAGUUUUUCUAUUUCUCUUGUAUUUUACAGAACCUCAUAGUGACAGUGAAAUUAGAACGGUUGCUGAAAGAUAUUUUGAUGAGCUUACUCGAUACAUGGAAGAUAUCGACAUGUUACUAUUCCUCUUUUACGCCUUGCAUCAUGCAUUUGGUCUAUUCAGACACAACCCCAAUGCUCUCGAAUUUAUUGUAAAUAAGCUUGCUCUUGGAAUUGCUAAAAACAUUUAUGAAAUGAAGUAA